AUGGCUACCUACGCAGAGUACCCGGCUCAAGCUAUGGCGUCCAACGACUUCACCCUCUACCCAUACCCGGAGGCGUGGAACCAAGACGAGACGUACCUCCCGACUUCCCGCUACGCAGACCCUUCCUACCUCAGCGCAACGACCUUUGACUCGUAUCCACGCCAGCACAGCUACGCGCCUCUGCCAGAGCCCUUCGAUUUCCUCGGACAACAAGCACUCGAUCAGUGCAAACAACGCCUGCAAGCUCCACGCCUGGCCGACUCGGCAUCGCACUCUUUCGAAUACCCCAACCCACCUGCUCUGUCCAACGUCUCCGAUUCUGGCGCAUCGGUCCACAGCACCAUCUCUUCAGCAAUGGGCUCUCCGCCCACCCAGCCACAAGCGCACGAGUGGGGCCACCAGCAUGGUGCACACAUGUUCCCGGGCAUCGUUCAGCAGACCGACGGUCUGUUCUCGAACUCCUCCUUCGAUUUCGAGACCAUCCCGGUGACCGAAAAGGGGUGUGUGGGUGAGUUGACAGCCAUUUCCUCUCUCUCCUCGAUAGCAGUCGUCUCCGCUGGAGAAAUCUUGGCUAACACCGCUUCCUAGACCCCUCGUUGAUACAGCCCUUCUCCCCAACACCAUAUACAGGCGCACAGUUCCCCGAUGUCCCAGCUCAAAAUCUCCCAUACCCCGCCAUCUCAUCACCCGCACCCAACCACCUCUCCCACAGCCCGAGACCGUUCAGCGCAAAGCCCGCUGGCUCGGCGUCACCAUACGCGCGACAGCAGUCAUGGCAACCAUACCCUCAGCGUCAGGGCUCGCGACGACCCUCGAUAUCUUCGGUCCACUCCCGACACAGCCAGAACUCGCUGUCUUCCGAGGACUCAAACAAGGGCCUUUGCCCGAUUGCAACCUGCGGCCGACACGUCAAGGACAUGAAGGCCCACAUGCUCACACACCAGAAUGAGAGACCCGAGAAGUGCCCGAUUCCAACAUGUGAAUAUCACACCAAGGGAUUUGCACGAAAGUACGACAAGAACCGACAUACCCUCACACACUACAAGGGUACCAUGGUCUGUGGCUUCUGCCCGGGCAGUGGCAGCGCCGCAGAGAAGAGCUUCAAUCGCGCAGAUGUCUUCAAGAGACACCUGACUUCCGUGCACGGCGUUGAGCAGACCCCACCGAACGCACGCAGGAAGAGUCCUUCCGGCGCCAGCAAGCGGCCCUACCACUCCAGUCGCGAUGUCUCGGGCAUGUGCUCGACUUGCGGCAAGACCUUUCCCAGCGCACAGGACUUCUACGAGCAUCUCGACGACUGUGUUCUCCGCGUUGUGCAGCAAACAGACCCCAGUGAGGCCGUCAACGAGAAGCUCCUCACGGAGGUAUCCCAGGACAAGGAUGUCCAGGACACGAUGGAAAAGCACAUGCUGCCGACGAACCUCGACUACAACGCCCCUACCUCCUUCGACGAGGAGGAGGAGGAGGAGGCAGAGGACGAGGACGAUGUCGAAGACGAAGAUAACAACGAUGGCACCUACGGCAGUCGCAGAUCCAAGAAGGCUCGCAAGACCGACGCAUUCAACAUCUCAAACCAUGGCGCCAUCACCAAGACUACCAAGAAGGGCCUCACUUACUCCAAGAACGGUGUGCCUCUCGCCGGCACCACCACUGGCAAAGGCUCCAAGCGCAGAAAGAACUACCCUCUCUCGUGGGGUGCCUCGGCCGACAAGAUGAGGAUGAAGAAGCGCGUCUUGUGUGUAUACGAUGGCCAGCGUCGGUAAGCAUGUCCGUCUCGAUGACUUGUAUGUGACUUGUGCUAACAUUACGAUCAGAUUGGCCAAAGACGAUAUGAUGAUGGAUGCCGACUACGAAGUCCGAAUCCCACUACCGGGCGAGGACCGGGCUUAUGUGACCGAUCUUGACGUACAGACCCUCCGCCGAGCCGAGGGUUUCCACCACGCGACAGACGAAGAGAAGGGACCGUGGAUCCAGGAGAACGAUGAAGAGCUCGAACGCUCGACGCACUGA